GAAGACGGCCGCGGAAGUGAGCUCUGCUUCAGCUUCAGUGCUUCGACACAGUAAACAGCUAGUGCUAGCUAGCCUUUAGCUCCACUAGCACUUCAGUUCCACAACGGACAGUUUAAACGUGUGUUUGUAACAAUGUCCAAUAGAACAUCGUAUUUUUACGAUCCAGACGUGGGGAACUUUCAUUAUGGUACUGGCCAUCCCAUGAAGCCCCACCGUUUGUCCCUGACUCAUAGUCUGGUUCUCCACUACGGACUCUACAAGAAAAUGAUGGUGUUCAAACCCUACAAAGCAUCUCAGCAUGACAUGUGUCGGUUCCAUUCUGAGGACUACAUAGACUUCUUGCAGAAAGUUAGUCCCACGAACAUGCAGGGCUUCACAAAGAGUCUAAAUGCAUUCAACGUAGGCGAUGACUGUCCUGUAUUUCCAGGUCUUUUUGAGUUCUGUUCAAGAUACACAGGAGCGUCUUUACAGGGAGCAACACAGCUCAACCACAAGAUCUGUGACAUUGCCAUAAAUUGGGCUGGGGGUUUACAUCAUGCAAAAAAAUUUGAGGCAUCAGGAUUUUGCUAUGUCAAUGACAUUGUCAUCAGUAUACUGGAGCUACUUAAAUACCACCCUCGAGUUCUUUACAUCGACAUAGACAUUCACCAUGGUGACGGCGUACAGGAAGCCUUUUACCUGACUGACCGUGUCAUGACUGUGUCCUUCCACAAAUAUGGGAACUACUUUUUUCCAGGAACAGGGGACAUGUACGAGGUUGGUGCAGAGAGUGGCCGGUACUACUGCCUUAAUGUUCCUCUCAGAGACGGCAUUGAUGACCACAGUUACAGGCAGCUGUUCCAGCCGGUUAUUAAACAGGUGGUGGAUUUCUACCAGCCAACCUGCAUCGUCCUGCAGUGUGGGGCAGAUUCUCUUGGCUGUGACAGACUAGGUUGCUUCAAUCUCAGUAUACGAGGACACGGUGAUUGUGUGGCGUUUGUAAAGAGUUUUAGGAUUCCUCUGUUGGUGCUGGGUGGAGGUGGUUACACAGUGAGGAAUGUGGCUCGCUGCUGGACAUACGAGACAUCGCUGUUACUGGAUGAAUCGAUCAGUGAUGAGCUGCCCUAUAGUGAAUACUUUGAAUACUUUGCUCCAGACUUCACGCUUCAUCCUGAUGUCAGCACCAGGAUAGAAAACCAGAACUCCAGACAGUAUUUGGAGCAGAUCCGCCAGACUGUCUUUGAAAACCUGAAGAUGUUAAACCAUGCCCCUAGUGUCCAGAUCCAUGACGUUCCCUCUGAUGUUCUGAGAUGCGAGCGCACCGACGAGCCCGACCCUGAUGAGCGGGGGGGCGAGGACAGCUACAGCAGAGCAGAGGCGGCCAAUGAGUUCUACGAUGGUGACCAUGACAACGACAAAGAGAGCGACGUGGAAAUUUGAUCUGCGAGCGCGAGAGAGUGAUGCUUCACCUGUUGGUUUCUGUUUACAUCAGUUGCAGCUCCGAAACAUCUCUGCUGCUGAUUUACAAGGAACUAAAAACAAAGUGAAUAUUUUCUGAUGGACAGAAAAGACUGGAGCUCUGCAUACAUUGUAAAUACUGUGCUGCUUCACACAGACUUUGUUUUUGUAACUCAGCACCAGGAACACAUUCAUACACAGCAGGAGUGAGUGCAUCCAUAUGCAGUAUCACUGACAUAUCAAAUGAGCCCAAACCAUAUCACCUCUCAGUAGUUAGAGCGAGUAAAAUUAGUUUUUAUCACAUCACCAUUUUUCUCAGUAAAUAUAUUUCUAAAGGUGCUAUUGACAUGAAAUUUUCACCAGGUGUCCGUUAUCACCUCAUGUAAUCCGUUGAUGCCAAAACAAAUAGGUACAGAAAUGUACUUAUGUAUAAUAAAAUGGAAUGACAUGGGGAAAAAUAUUGAACACGCUUACUGAAAUUUAUUUAAAACUUUGUAAAAAAGCCUUUGUUGGAAGCCUUUGACAGCUUCAGGAUGCCUCCUGUAUGAAGAAAGUAGUCGCCUGCAUUGCUCAGGUGUGAUUUUGGCCCAUUCUUCCACACAAACAGUCUUCAAAUAUUGAAUGUUUCGUGGACCUCUUCUUUGAACUCUGAUCUUUAGUUCUUUCUGUGAUUUUUAUUGGAUUCAAGUCAGGUAAUUGGCUGGUCCAUUCCAGCAGCUUUAUUUUCUUUUUCUGAAACCAGUUGAGUUCCCUUGGCUGUGUGUUUUGGAUCACUGUUUUGCUGAAAUCUCUGCCCUCAUUUCAUCUUCAUCAUCCUGGUAAAUGUUUAUCAGUGUUUCAGUACAUUUUUCCAUUCAUCUUUCCUUCAAUUAUAUGAAUUUUGUCAGUGUCAUAUGUUGAAAAACAGUCCUCCACACCAUGAUGUUCCCAACUACAAACUUCACUGUUGAUAAGGUGUUUUUAGGGUGAUGUGCAGUGACAUUUGACCUCCAAACAAGGUGUGUAUUUUGGCAUCCAAAGAGUUCAGUAUUGGUCUCAUCUGACCAGACUAUAUUCUCCCAGUAUUUCACAGACUUCAGACAUCUU